AUGUCCGGCGACGACUUCCCAGAUGCGUGUUCAUGGAUGACCAGCUCCCCGGCUGCUCGAAGUCUACCGAACGAUGCGAAGCUCGAGUUCAUCAAUGCUGGUACCGGUCCAUCGGGAGGGCGUCCAGGUAUAUUCAGCUUCGAAGCUAGGGCCAAAUACGAUGCGUGGACUCGAGCUGCGCACAUCUACGAUUCCGAAGAAGCGGCAAAGUUACGCUACCUGUGCAUCGCGGAGAGCGUGGGCUGGAAGAGAGGCGCUGGUCUCAGCGAAGCGAGUGAGCCUGCGGAGUCGACGGCUAAGGGGACGGGCUUAGGUGUAAGCGUCAGUGUCAUGUCUCAGGAGGAUUCAGGCGAUUAUCCUAUACACGAAGCGGCUGCCAGUGGCGAUGUCGAAGCAUUGCGCAUCCUGCUCGUCGAUCCAACACUGCUGAACGCGGAAGACGAAUUUGGAUAUACCCCCUUGCAUGUCGCAACAGACAGGCAAAGGAAAGAGGCCGUAGAGUACUUGGUGUCUCAAGGUGCCGAUAGAACUGCACGUACCCCGCUCGAUAUCGCCCAAAUUCUUUCCAACGAGGAAAUCGCUGCAGUCUUGAGAUAG